UAAUUUUUAACAUGUUUUUGUUAUUUUGAUAUGUUGAUUUAAAAGUACUAGGAGAAAAUAAAUAAUGAGGUAGAAAGAAAUAUAGUAAACUCUGUGCCUCAGGGUUGACACUUUUUCUAAAGUUCUAAGCCAGUAGGAUGUAAAAUAGCCACAUUGCUUGGAAAUUGGUUUCAUUCCAUCUCUGAACUUGUCGUCCUUUUCUCUCUUUUACUUAUACACAUAUUACAGUGCUCUCUGUCCUUAAAUGCAACCUUUUCCAUUGCUUUAUUUCCACAACUUAUUCCUUAUUUCUUUUCAUAGUCUUAUUACUCAUCUUCACAAAAAGUUUGAAGUAAUUUCAUCUGGCUGCUUCUGAUUCCUCAUCUUCCAUUUAUUCUUUUAUCCACUGUAAGCUGACUUCUUCCUUCAUCAUUCUUAUGAAAUUAGCUCAUUUUCAAAUCAGACGUUCUUUUCAACCAUCAUGCUAUCCAACCUACCUGACUCCUGAUAGUGUUGACUAACCCCUCUUCCUUGAAACCCUUUCUCCCCCAAGUUUCAGUCCUGAGUCUGCUUCCAUCUCCCUUUCUGUCUUUCUUUCACUCUUGCGCUUGCUGAGAGUUGCUGGGAUCUUUUCUUGGCCUUCUCCUCACAACAUGAGGAGUUGGAUGGCCUUGGGUUCAAGCUGUAUGAUCUUGAAUGUAUUAACCUUUUUGAUCUUCAGAUUCCUCAUCGGUAAAAUGAUGACUUUAAUUCUAUCACUUUGGCAGGUUGUCCUUUGGGUUAAAUGAGCUGAGGCAUAUGAAUCUCCUCUUGGUAAAAAAAUGAGUACAAGGUGAGUUAUCAUUUAGUGUAACUGCCACUCAGUUAGUGUUCCCUCCUUGUAUUAGUUAGGGUUCUCCGGAGAAAGAGAGCCAAUAGGAUAUAUGUAGAUAUGCAGAGAGGUUAUGAUGAGUUGGCUCACACAGUUAUGGAGGAUGAAGCGUUCCCAUGGCCUUCCAUCUGCACUGCAGAGGGCCCAGGAAACCCAGGGCUGCAGUCCCACUCCUAACCAAGAGGUGUGAGAUCCAGUGACUGGUGGUCUAAGUCCUGGUCUGAGUCUGAAGGCUCAAGAACUAAGAGAGCUAUGUUUAAGGGCUGGAGAAGAUGGCUAUCUCAGCUCAAGCAGAGAGAGCAAAUUCACCUUUCUUCAGCCUUUUUGUUCUGUGUGGGCCCUCAGUGGAUUGGAUGCUGCCCUUCCACCUUUUUUGUUACUCAAUCUACCUAUUCAAAUGGGAGCACUCUUACAGAAAUACCCAUAAAUAAUGCUUUACCAACUCUCCGAUCAUACCUUAGCCCAGUCAAGUUGACACGUGAAAUUAACCAUCACACUCAUCAAACAUAGUGAUUUCUUACAGUUUUAUUUCCUCAUCUAAGAGAUGGAAAACAAGGCCCAAAUGGGCUUAUAAGUUUGAAAUACCAUUUUCAAGUCAAGCUGGGUGUUUUGUUGGUUGUCUCACAGACCAGCCACAUUCUAAAUUUAUCCUAUUUACACAUGCUUUCCCCCCACUAACUGGAGUUUCCACCCAGUUAUUGUAAAGCCUAAAAUUCCAUGUGCUGUCUCUACAGCUUUGAACCUUAGGGAGCUCCAGAGACCUAGCUGUGAGUUCCCCUGCUCUCACUGGAUAUGCACCCACCUAGUGGGAAAGGCUCCCCACCCAGCUGGCUCCUGUCAUUCUGGCCAGGUACACUUGUACUAAUCUUCAACCUAAUGGUUUUUUAUCUUCCUACCAGCUUGAAAAUGUUUUAACAAGCCAAUGACACCUUCCCAUGGUAGCCAAGGACCACACUGUCCUGUCAGUACAGAGCCUGCCUCCCACAGCCCAUGCAGGCUCACUCUUUCUGAAUACAACCACCAAAUGGUCUUGCAUGGUGUGGAGUGUCCUUCCCCAGGUUGUGAGAAUAUGUGACUAAUAACUGCUGUCAACGUCUUCUCUCCAGUGCUGUGUGUCAUGUAUUUGGUCAUCCUGUGCUGUUUAGGGUGGGGGAUCCGUCCUUUCAUCAGUGAGGUGAAUAGGAUACAAUCAGAAUACCAUCUCCUCUUCUCCACUGCUAAUCUAGAGCAGCCUUCAAUGUCUUUCCCUAUUACUCCUUAGGUCUGUCCCUGAUUGUUUUAUAAUAAUGUCUGUUUUUGUGCAGAGGUUGUUUCUUUUGGAAGAUAACAUUUUCUCUCACAGAUCUCUUUAUCCUGUCCCAUCUAAUGCUGCUUGUUUUUUGUUAUUUUUCUUUUACUUCCCUCAGAGAGUGUUAUUGGCAUAAUUCUUUUUUAAGCAGGAAUUUAUAGUUUCAGGAUUCAAGGAUGUGUCUGUGGACUUCACCUGGGAGGAGUGGGUCCAUCUAGAUUCUUCUCAGAGGAACCUGUAUGGGAAAGUGAUGCUGAGAAACUAUAGGACUUCACUGGGACAUCAGCUUUCCAAACCAAAUGUGAUUUCUCAGCUGGAUUGAGAACUGAACCUGAUGACAAAAGAACAUUCUGGGUGCAUCUCCCCAGACUAGAAGACCAAGACUUGAAACAAAAGAGUCAACUACGAAGCCCAAGUUACUGAAGAUUUAUCUUAUGGGGUAAUAAUGGAAAGGGAAGGUCUCUGGCAUUCUUCUUUACGGGAAACCUGGGAACCUGAUAAUUGGUUAGAGGGGCAACAGGAAAACCAGGAUAGACAUCUGGGCCAAGUGCACAUUACCCAUAAGGAAACCCUCACUGAGCGAAGGACAUGUGGAGGUAAUGAACUUGAAAGAUGUUCCAGUCAGGGUUCAAUCAUUGAUAUACAACAAACUAUUCCUGUGGGGAAAAGUCCUCACAAUUGGAAUUCACAUGGAAAAGACGGUAAACAAAAUGUUGAAUUAAUUAAAACUCAAAGAAUGUUUGCAGGAGAGAAAGUCUAUGAAUGUAAUGAGUGUGGGAAAACCUUCAGCCAGAGUUCGUCUCUUCUUAAGCACCAGAGAAUUCAUACGGGGGAGAAACCCUAUAAGUGUAAUGUAUGUGAGAAACACUUCAUUGAACGUUCCUCCCUUACUGUACAUCAAAGAAUUCACACUGGAGAGAAACCGUACAAAUGUAAUGAAUGUGGGAAAACCUUCAGUCAGAGCAUGAACCUUACUGUUCAUCAAAGAACUCAUACUGGAGAGAAACCAUAUCAAUGUAAAGAGUGUGGAAAAGCUUUUCGCAAGAAUUCAUCCCUUAUUCAACAUGAAAGGAUUCAUACUGGAGAGAAACCCUACAAAUGUAAUGAAUGUGGUAAAGCUUUUACCCAAAGUAUGAAUCUCACAGUGCAUCAAAGAACUCAUACAGGAGAAAAACCCUAUGAAUGUAAUGAGUGUGGAAAAGCCUUCAGUCAAAGUAUGCAUCUUACUGUACAUCAGAGAAGUCAUACUGGAGAAAAACCCUAUGAGUGUAAUGAAUGUGGAAAAGCCUUUAGUAAGAGCUCAGCUCUUACCCUGCAUCAGCGAAAUCAUACUGGAGAAAAACCCUACAAAUGUAACAAAUGUGGGAAAUCAUUUAGCCAAAGUACAUACCUUAUAGAGCAUCAGAGACUUCAUUCUGGAGUAAAACCUUUUGAAUGUAAUCAGUGUGGGAAAGCUUUCAGUAAGAAUUCCUCUCUUACUCAACAUCGGAGAAUUCACACUGGAGAGAAACCUUAUGAGUGUAUGGUAUGUGGAAAACAUUUCACUGGGCGAUCAUCCCUUACUGUACAUCAGGUUAUUCAUACUGGAGAGAAGCCUUAUGAAUGCAGUGAAUGUGGAAAGGCCUUCAGCCAGAGCGCAUACCUUAUUGAGCAUCAAAGAAUUCAUACUGGUGAGAAGCCCUAUGAAUGCGAUCAGUGUGGAAAAGCCUUCAUUAAGAAUUCAUCCCUUAUAGUGCACCAGAGAACUCAUACAGGAGAGAAACCCUAUCAGUGUAAUGAAUGUGGAAAAGCCUUCAGUCGGAGUACAAAUCUUACACGGCAUCAGAGAACUCAUACUGGUGAGAAGCGAUAUGAAUGUAGAGAAUGUGGGAAGGCCUUUCACCAGAGCACACACCUCAUCCAUCACCAAAGAAUUCACACUGGUGAGAAGCCAUAUGAAUGUAAGGAAUGUGGCAAGGCCUUCUCAGUGAGCUCCUCACUUACUUAUCAUCAGAAAAUUCAUACUGGAGAGAAACCUUUUGAAUGCAACUUAUGUGGAAAAGCUUUUAUCCGAAACAUACACCUUGCCCACCAUCACAGAAUACAUACUGGAGAGAAACCUUUUAAGUGUAAUGUAUGUGACAAAGCCUUUGUGUGCAGGGCACAUCUUACCAAACACCAGAAUAUUCAUAGUGGAGAGAAACCCUAUAAAUGUAAUGAAUGUGGGAAAGCCUUCAAUCAGAGUACAAGUUUUCUUCAGCAUCAGAGAAUUCACACUGGAGAGAAGCCUUUUGAAUGUAAUGAAUGUGGAAAGGCCUUCAGGGUGAACUCUUCCCUUACUGAACAUCAAAGGAUUCAUACUGGAGAGAAACCUUAUAAAUGUAGUGAAUGUGGGAAAGCAUUCAGGGAUAAUUCAUCCUUUGCUCGACAUCGGAAAAUUCAUACUGGGGAGAAACCUUACAGAUGUGGUUUGUGUGAGAAAGCCUUCAGGGACCAAUCAGCCCUAGCCCAACAUCAGAGAAUUCAUACUGGGGAGAAGCCUUAUACGUGUAAUAUAUGUGAGAAAGCCUUCAGUGACCAUUCAGCCCUCACUCAGCAUAAGAGAAUUCAUACUAGAGAAAAACCUUACAAAUGUAAAAUCUGUGGGAAAGCCUUUAUCCGAAGUACACACCUGACUCAACAUCAGAGGAUUCACACAGGAGAGAAACCCUAUAAAUGUAAUAAAUGUGGGAAAGCGUUUAACCAGACUGCAAACCUCAUUCAGCAUCAGAGACACCAUAUAGGAGAAAAGUGACAUGGAAGAGCUUUGCGACUGAAUGUAUUAAUUAUUGAAUGCAGGAGAAUCUGUUCUGCAGAAUAACUAUGAAAGCUUACUUGAAGAUAGUCAUUUUAUUACUGAGAGUCAAGGUUUACACUAGUAUGGGUUUUGAGACCUUAAGAAUGGCAAACACUCUUCAUACUUCAGGAACUAUCUUGGUUGAAUAGCAGUGAUAUUUAAUUAGUCUGAAUUACCAAGUACCAGAACAAGAAUGGACCUUCAUUAGGAAAUUAGUCCACCAUUAAGAGAAAUUAUAAAAUUGUAAAAAUUAAGGUUGAGAAGCAAAGGAACAAAAAAGAAAAUGGUCUAUAUGCAUUUUACUUUACUUGUAGGAGGCUUUCUACCUUUAAUGGGACACUUUGUUUUCCUCACCCCGUACUGCUGACACCAGUGUAAAGAAAGUACAGUUAUCUAUGCAUUGGCCUAGGAGUUAAAUUAUGCUUCCUGCCUUCUGCUUCAGACUACCUUUUGUCAGACUUCCCUGGUUCGUAUAUCCACUGGCUUCUUACUUGUAUUCUCCUCCUGGGAUAAUUCAUUUGAACAGUGUGUCCCUUUUUGAUUUAGCAACUCCUAAUUGGUAGCAUCACGUCUAUUACUACCACAUAAUUUUCCCUUGAAGACUGGUGACUUGACCUCAUACACAGUCCAUGAUUCUGGAUAUUGCACUAAACCCAGCUUUCAGAACACAGGACACCUGUCUGGAAGGCAGAGGUUGAUCUAAAUUCCUGAGUUACCCAGUUCCUCUGGGCUUCAGCUUGAGUCUGACCCUUGGAUAACCCCUAAAUUAGGGACACAGUCUGUGCAGACAUUUCCUUCCAAUUGUUCUGCAUUGUAGUACUCUACACAUGGCAGUCAGGGGCAUCCUCAACUUUGGGUGUGAUGAUCCCAAAACCUAGAGAUGUUCUGGGCCACCUCUGCUCCUGUGACUUGCCAUUUCAUGAUGUGCAACUGAUGAGGUUAGAGCCUCAGGCGAGUUGUCAGAAUGCUCUUAACCACUCUUCCCCUUGGCUGGGCAGUCCUCUGUAUCCACUGCAUUAGAGUAUAUUUGUCGCUCCCAGAAUACUGAACUGCUGGAUACUGGUCCUUGCCUUCCUGUGGUCCACUUUUCUGAAGGUAUCAACUCUGUGUUCACAGAAGAUUGGAGAGAGCUUUGAAUUUCUGAUUUUGCAUUUAAAAGUUGCCAUUUCCUCUCUACCACCUGGGUAUUCUACCACUUAAAGAUUACCCCAUUCUGACAGUACUGAGCAGCGUGUUGAGUAAUUCCAUGGAGUGGUCAGCAGCACUGUGACAUUCUCUGGCAGGGGCCGCUCCCAGAAGUCAGAGUGAUACUCUAGUCCUGCAGGUACAGUUCCCUCACUAUCUUUAACUCUUUAGUGCUGUCAGUAGAAAUCACAGAUAAAAUAAUAUCCAUGUGCCUUCAAACACAGCCCCUCAUGGCACCUCCCCUUCCCCAUCACAAAGAAUGGGGAGCCCACACUACUGCAGGCUGGAGCAUGCCAAGGCAUGAAGGUGGAAGAGCAAGUCAGCUGUCGUCUGGGAAGCAGUGUGGCAGGUUCCUGGUCUGUGAAAAUGCUCUCCAUCAAGUUGGGUCACCUGCCAGCCCCCAUGAAAGCUGUACCUCAGCUCCAAGUUACAGGAGAGGAUAUUCUUUGUGAUGAUGGAAUCAGGACUUCAGGUUGAACAUAGACUUGGAAGCUUCCAGUAGCUUUAAAGCCCCAAAUUCUCUAAAUUCAGCUACCACCUAAUAAAGGCCACCUACUUGGGUUGGUAUCUCCUGUUAGGUGAUCAACAGCUCAUCCUUUCUCCCCAAAUGAGCUGCAGGUGAAGCAGCAUUUCAAGAGGUUGCCUGGAACCCACCAUGCCCUGGGCCCAAACAUGUUCAUCUGUAGCUUCUCAUGGCUGGCAACCCCAGAUCCAACAAUAAACUUGGAAAACUGCUCACUGCUGCAGAGAUCUGCUUUCAGUACUAUCCCUGUGUCCCACUGGUCCUGUUACCUCCUUACCUUGAAUCCCUCACAAGAAACACAUUUCUCAGCUGAGUUUUUCCUUUUGUUUUUAAUAAGAGCUGUUACCCCUUGGUGUGUGCUUGCCACUGGGCUAAGGUUCCUGCUGCCACUCAUCCCAGUGAAAGCUGAAGCAGCUGUCCUACAGCAUCAGUGCAGUCUGAUGACCCUCCGUCCAAUGACAGGCCAUUUUCCCUGAAACCUCUCCUGUUGGGCUUGAGUCUUCAUAAAAUUAGACCUCUGAGAUGACUAGUCACUCCCUUGUCUGGGAAGGCAAAAAUAAAUGGCCUAUUA